AUGCCACCUUUGUUGGAUAGAAUGCCUCCAUCAUUGUCCCAUCAUGUCAUUCUGUAUAUUAAUUACUACUUUCAUGUUAUCGCCACUGACACAUAUCCGCUAUCAUCACUCUUAUUGUUCAAUCCUGCAAAGCAACAUUGGUUUCCCCGUAUGUUAAGGGACGAUGUGUGGCGCUACAUCAUUCUGUCAUACUCUGCAAGGACUCUUGCAAAGGUCACCCAGAAUAGCGUCAAUCUGCAAGACGCUCGCAGCUUAUUAAACGAAGCCUUACGAAGACUGAAUCACAGAAUAUCUACAGGAUAUAUGCAAACCGACGAGACAUUAGGCGCUAUUGCCUGUCUAGCUAAUUGGAGUAAUUCAUUAGGCGACCACGAGAAGUCGUGGGCCCACGCUCGAGGACUAGCAGAGCUAGUCAGCAUUCGAGGAGGACUAUCCAGCAUCAAUGAGACACUCAGGUCCAAGAUGUACCGCGGCAUUCUUGAAAUCGCGGUAGACUCUGAUAAUAUUCCAAACACCCAGCUUCUAUCUGAUCUCGUAGAGAUUACUGGAGAUUCCUCUGGUCAAGUCAAUGCGAUUGUCCCGGCGAAGCUUCCGUGCUCAUGUGAAAUAAGCAUGGAUUUAGCCAGUAUAUUCUACGACAUCUCAUCACUGAGCGGCGCGCUCCAAGAUGCCAUGAUGAGGCAAACAAAACUCAAUCCCCAAUACAUGGAUUCCGCCGUUUUUGGCCUUCUUCAGCGGCUUCUUCUGUGUACCUCUCAGCAUAUGAGCGCAUGUCACAACGCAUUUCGAAUCUGUCUUAUUCUAUACAUUAAGUCACUAACAUGCACGAUUGCACGAUUCGUUGUGACUUCAACGACUCUAGUCAGGAAAUUGCAGUCUUAUAUGGAAGGUUGCUUAUUGACACCAACGCGCUUGACGAGAUGGAUGCUAUUCAUGGGCUGCCUGGCUGCUGCAGACGGAACACUCGAAAAGCAAUGGUUCGUCUCAUCUCUUGUUGAAUGUUUGUCACAAGAUAUGAGAGGAAAGGCCGGUCAGCAUGCCUUCCGAAACGAACUUAACAGUGUAAUGUGGAUUGAGUUUGUACAUGGGAAACAUACAGAUGCGAUUUGGUCUUUGAUAACUAGAUAG